CCUGUCCGGCGCUCGACGUUCCACCCCCCUCUCUCUGCUCUCAGGUUGGUUCAGCCCCCGUCUACACUGGGGUGGUGCUUAGCCGGCGCCAGACCGACCCUCGACUUCGGAGAGGCAGCGCGGUUCCCCUGGGUGCUUCCGCCUCCCCUUCCCCGGCUUCUCCAGCCUCCUCGGCCUCGUCGCCCGCCGCGGGAACCCGAGACCCCAGUGUAUGCCCCACCCCUGACCCCGCUCGCGACAUGUCCACCCCGGCUCGGCGGCGCCUCAUGCGGGACUUCAAGAGGUUGCAGGAGGAUCCUCCAGCCGGAGUCAGCGGGGCUCCGUCCGAGAACAACAUAAUGGUGUGGAACGCGGUCAUUUUCGGGCCUGAAGGGACCCCGUUUGAGGAUGGAACAUUUAAACUUACAAUAGAAUUCACUGAAGAAUAUCCAAAUAAACCACCUACAGUUAGAUUUGUCUCUAAGAUGUUCCAUCCAAAUGUCUAUGCAGAUGGUAGUAUAUGUCUGGACAUACUUCAGAACCGUUGGAGUCCAACCUAUGAUGUGUCUUCCAUUCUAACAUCCAUACAGUCUCUAUUGGAUGAACCCAAUCCCAAUAGUCCAGCAAACAGCCAGGCUGCUCAGCUGUACCAGGAGAACAAACGGGAAUAUGAAAAGCGUGUUUCUGCAAUAGUAGAACAAAGCUGGCGCGAUUGUUGACCCCGGGUACGGUUUAAAGAAGCUGGCCAUAAGAAAAAUAUAUAUUGAUGUGUUUGUCACCUCCCUACUCCUGUCAUUACAUUUACUUUAUUAAAAGCAAAAUAGCUGUUGUGCUGUUUCCAUCUUCCUUGCCAAGUUUUCCUACCCCUUCUACCCUCUCCUUAAACAUCAGAAAACACCCUCUAUGAAAUCAAAUGUACUGUACCUGGGUUACUUGCAAAAAUUACUAAUGCUUCAGUUUUUCUGUUGUAUUUCAUUUCCAGUUUUCAGGCAGUUAUUUUUAUUAUUGUACUUUAAGCUUUUAAGAUAAAUUGUUAUACAAGAGGUGCUUAUGCUUAGCUUGAUGACCAGGAUGUUAUUUUUAACAAAAUGAUUGCUGAAGUGUUUCAUCCUGGCCGGUCCUUCACUUGUGUUGGAUUUAGAAGUGAAUGUGUUUGGAAUAUGGCCUACAGAGAAUAGAAACAAAUCCAUGUAAACAAUUUUGAAGGAAGAAUGGGAGCUAAAAAUCUUGUGAUACUAAGAUCUGAGUCAUAUGAAUUACAAGAUAGUAUUUACUGGCAAGAAGGAGAAAGCUGAAGGACUCAGCUAAAGGAGUACAGCAAUUGUAGUAACUGACACAUCCUCUCUUUGCAAGCUGCUGACUGGGCACACUCAUGCUAAGUUUCAGAAUUAUUGGUCUUCUGGGUUUUUGCUUUUUAAAAGAGGUGUGGGAGCAGAGGAAUGGAAACAAUCAUGAGUUUGUGAGCUAGGGAAAGUUGGAGAUCCUUUAAUCUUUUUAAAGGAUCAGUGCUGCCCUAGGUGAAUAAAUUCAAUUGUCCGUCUUUAUUUUAGAGUUUUAAUGAAUUCAAGGAAGGGAGCAUAGCAUAUCUGUGGCAAACUAUUUUCCACUCAAAUCCUGAGUUAUUACUGCAUGCUUUAAUUUCUUCCCUUUCAGCAUCUGACAACCUUAAAGCCAACGUCUGCGAUCUUUUUUUGGAUAUUUAUACUUCUAGAUAUAUAGUACCUUUAAGUAGCAGUAUGGGACAAGGCUUGUAAAUGUUUUGUCUAAUGUUCUAUUGUCACCUUUUAUGCAUUUAUCACUUCCAAAUCUAACUUUGCACAAGUAACCCAUGUAAAAAAAAUGUACAUUUUUCAAAAGUUGUAAAUAAAAAUAACCUUAAAAUUUCA